ACAGCUUUCACUGCUCCAAGUCCCUCAAUUUGAAGGGAAAACUCAAGAAGAGUAGUGUUUGGCUGUGUUGAUUUCAUUUUUGUGGGAGUUUUGUUGGACACAAGAAUGACUUCCACCCUGAGGAGAGUGUACCACGUAGCAGCAUUCAGCUGGUACGCAUUUGUUGUCCAGUGUCUCAAAGCAAAGGAAGGAGAAGAACUGCCACCAGGCAUCUUUCUUUAUGGAGGACCUUGGAAGUACCUUACUUUUUUGAAUUUGUUACUACAAAUGUCUUUCUUUGGACUGGCAGCCCUGAAUGAUCUACAAGCUGUCGAAAAAUCAGUCAGUUUUGUGAAAAGAUGCAAAGACCUCCUCUUCUCUGUCUUUGCCUUCCCUGUAGGAAUGUUUGUUGUUCUACUUUUCUGGACGAUCUGUGCCUAUGACAGAGAAUUAGUCUACCCAGCUACUAUUGACACCUUCUUUCCUCCCUGGAUAAACCAUGCUAUGCACACAUUUGUCCUUCCUGUCUUACUUGGAGAAGUGCUGGUGCAGCCUCACAUCUACCCGCAGACUAAAUACGCCCUGGCAGCGUUGGGAGGUGUGGGCUCGGUAUACUUAUUAUGGAUCGUAUGGGUGUACUUGUCCGUUGGGAUCUGGGUGUACCCGCUCCUCGCCUACUUCAGCACAGCUGGUCUGGUGGGCUUCUUCCUUUUUAACAUGUCGGUGGUGGUAUUGCUCUACGUGCUAGGAGACCAACUCAACAGCCAUGUUUGGAGGAAGGACAUGGACCGAAUGACAACAAAAACAAAGCCCCAGCCUCUCUGCAAAUAAAUAUGCAGGCAUAGUAGAUCUAACACUAAGCAACUUAAAAAAUCAAAAAGUAGAAACAAUUUUCCUCCUUCAAAUGAAAAGUUA